UAGAAGGCUCUUUGAGUAUCAGUUAAUUGAUGUGAAUGUAUGCAGAGUGCUCUGGGCAGGUCUGGGUGCUUGCUUCUCCAGAGGUGUGAAGCUGCUUCUUGGAUAAGAGUGUCACAGAGCUCCCUGCUCAUCUCCUUCCGGUGUGGAACUUGUGACGGUCCCUUGAGGAGAAGGCCCUUGUGCAGGCGCUCCUGUCAACCCAGCAAUGGGAGRAAUAUUCAGCAAGAACAGGAGGCUCCGUGUGUUCCCCAAAAAAGUUGCCUUUUUUAAGGCCAAGGGGAGAAAGAUGCAGGGGACUGCGUGUACUUUCCAGGAUGCUUCAACGUGGACUGGAGAGAACCACUUUCAGUCGGCACGUAUAGGACGGACUCAAAAAGUUCUUGAAGCUGCUYCUGCUGAGGAACUCGAGCCUGAGGCUGCUGAAGGUAAGCCUGCUGCCCGGGCUCCAGGAGAGCAGGCUGCAUGCGUGCAUGCACCACACGCUGAGCCCCCAUGCGCUGCUGCUGCUCAAGAUGCACAGGAUGCUGAAGAGCCACGAGAGCCUGAAGCCGAGCCUAACCUAGAGGAGAUGCAGAACGAGGAAGGUGCCCAAGAGACAACUGGGGAAUCCCAGGCUGGUGGGCAAAGCACCCGGGAGGCUGGCACAGCUCCAGCUGCUCUGCAUCCUGCUCAUGGCUCCAGGCCCAAUGCACAAGUUGCUUCUGAUCAGCAGGCAUCGUUACCCGUUGCACAGACUAUGGUGAGGGUUGAAGUCCACGUAUCAGCAGAAAUCCAAGAAGGACCCUGUGGAAUUCAGCCUGCUAGAGGGAUCCCACUGGAKACUGGGGUGCUUUCUCUCACAGAUGAGGUUGCAGCAAAAAGUGUUUCAGAGGACCUGUGUGCUGAAAAGCCUCACCAGGAUGUGUCUAUGCAGAAUGCAGCCGAGUCCCCAGCUGCCCCAGGCACCACGGGGGAGUUGGAGCCYUCUGUGAGGACUGCAGAGGCUAGAGAGGGUGUUAUGGAUUUGCAGAGCUCUGCAGAGGAGCAGAUGGUAGAUGAGAGAGCCUGCUGUGCUGCUGCACUCCUACCUGACCCCCACACAGAACAAGACACAGAAGCUUCUGCUGCUGAGAAUGGGGAAGAAAGUUCUUUGGAGUCAGAGCAAGCUGGACAAAUGACURAUAUCUCUGAUGGGCAGACAUCAAAAGAGAUCCCGUGCUGUCAGGCAGGAACCCGGCAUGAGCAAGAGGUGAAAGCUGACAUGGAGGGGGAACUGGUCUGCUGUGGAGAGUGCAACGGAGCACCAAAGGAGCCUGAGAUGGGGUGCAGCGAGCGCCCAGCACACUGAGGGCUUCCCUACAGCCCAGCCACUGAAUGUGUUGCCCCAGGCCUGCAAGAGACUGAGGGGUGCGUGCCAAAGAGGGCCCUUGACCCUAAAGGACCCACAGAUUAUAAAGUCUAUUUUGGAAAAUGGUGCUGCACUGGAAGAACUGAUAGUAGCACAGGGUGCAGAGAAUUUCUAACCCGUUUUCUUCUCUGCUUGGGUGGGUAAACAAAGUGUGUUUUGGUACAAAAAGUGUAACAGUGUUAAUGAUUCUCUUUUUUCCCUCCAUGGGCACCUAUAGUCUAGCUAGUGCUAUGCACUUCAUAACUGUGUCCCCCUGCACCACUGCCCAAGGAGUACCCAAGCAGGAAGUAUUAAUUGCACUUGUCUGUAUAUAUACACCUCCUGUCACUGCUACUCUUAAACCAACCAUGCUGAAUGCUCUGUGGAUAGCAAAGCCUGUGCUGUAACUUGAAUCAAUAAAUGGGUGCAUUUUAACACUUGUUGCUAUCAA